AUGUCUAAGUUUGGUAUGGCUGAUUCAAAACUAGUGUCUAUGCCUCUUGCAAACCAUGUUGUGUUAAACAAGAGCCAAUGCCCUAAAACUGAAUCUGACUUAAUCAAAAUGGAAUCUGUUCCCUAUGCAUAUGUUGUUGGAUCUAUGAUGUAUGGGAUGAUUAGUACCAGACUAGACCUGUCCUAUUCCAUUUCCUUGCUGAGCAGAUUUAUGGCAAAUCCAAGCAGUGACCACUGGACUGCCUUAAAGAGAGUGUUAAGGUAUAUUAAUGGUACUCUCAAUGUUGGUUUAAAUUUCUAUAAAAGGCAUAAUACACUUGACUUGGUGGGUUUUGUAGACUCUGACUUUGCAGGUGACAAAGACAUAAGGAAAUCCACCACUUCAUAUUACUUUACCCUUGGAGGAAAUUGCAUUAGUUGGAAGUCACAGCUUCAGCCUAUUGUUGCUCUCUUAUCAACUGAAGCUGAGUACAUUGCUAUUGUUGAUGUGUUUAAGGCAGCUGUGUGGCUGCAAGGUUUGUUAGCUGAAGCAAAGUUGACUGAUGGUAAGUCAAGGAGUUUGGUACUGAGAGCCAAAACAAAAGCUAUCGUCCAGUUUUCUUUAGAAAGGAGUUUAGAAAAAUCUCUUCACAGAGCAUCUCGCCAGCAGAAUAAGUUAAAUCCUGCUUUCGAGAGGGUUGCUGUUUUCGAGGAAAUAAUUAAGGGUGUGAAGGAAGUAAUAUUCAACAUGGAAUGA